AUGACAUAUCCUGUCUGUGCGAACUGGGUGCCCAGAGAUUCUUUCAGCAUUGGUCGAAAAUGCCCCACUGGCUGGGAGAAAUUUGGAACAAAAUGUUUUAAAUUUUUCAGUGACUUGAAACCAUGGGCUGAGGCAGAAAAACAAUGUGUUGACCUCGGAGGAAACCUUGCAUCUAUCCACAAUCAACUCACUCACAAUUUCCUAAAGACCUUUCUGAAAAAAUAUGUUAAUGGAAUCCCCCGAACCUGGAUUGGUGCUCAUGAUGCAACUAAGGUUUAUGUCUGGUUUUGGAGUGAUGGAUCAAAGUUUGAGUACAGUGACUGGCAUACUGGUGAGCCAAAUGGAGAAGGAAAUGAAAAUUGCGUGGAGAUGGGCUAUGGAGAUGAGCAACUCUGGAAUGAUGCACACUGCGAUACUUUUCUCAGUUUCAUCUGUUCCUCUUGCCGAUCUUAA